UCAAUACUAAAAGAGCUUUUAUUUUUUUGUUUCUUGCUUAUAGCCWUUAAGAUUGGAUAUUAAGCGCAAGCUGUCUGCRCGGUCAGACCGUGUGAAGUCUGUCGAUCUUCAUCCGUCAGAACCCUGGAUGCUUGCAAGUUUAUAUAAUGGAAAUGUUCAUAUAUGGAACUAUGAAUCACAAACUCUUAUAAAGACUUUUGAAGUCACUGAUUUACCAGUGAGAGUGGCAAGAUUUGUACCAAGGAAAAACUGGGUGCUCACUGGUUCUGAUGAUAUGAUGUUGCGUGUUUUCAACUACAAUACACUUGAAAAGGUUCAUGGAUUUGAAGCACAUUCUGAUUAUCUAAGAAGCAUUGCAGUUCACCCAACACAGCCCUAUGUAUUAACCAGUAGUGAUGAUAUGUUCAUAAAGCUCUGGGACUGGGACAAGAAGUGGCAGUGCACCCAAGUGUUUGAAGGCCAUACUCAUUACGUGAUGCAUAUUGUUAUUAACCCCAAAGAUAACAACCAGUUUGCUAGUGCUUCAUUGGACAGGACCAUUAAGGUGUGGCAGCUUGGCUCUCCAACACCAAACUUUACUCUAGAGGGACAUGAGAAGGGUGUCAAUACUGUUGAUUAUUUCCAUGGUGGUGAGAAACCAUACUUGAUAUCUGGUGCUGACGAUAGGCUGGUCAAGAUAUGGGAUUACCAAAACAAAACAUGUGUCCAGACUUUAGAAGGACAUGCUCAAAACAUCUCUUGUGUUGGCUUUCAUCCUGAGUUACCGAUCAUACUGACUGGCUCCGAAGAUGGUACAGUGCGAGUUUGGCAUGCCAACACAUAUCGUCUUGAAAGCACCUUGAAUUAUGGUCUAGAGAGAGUCUGGUCAAUGGCCAUGAACAAAGGUUCUAAUAAUGUUGCCUUGGGUUACGAUGAAGGCAGUAUGAUAAUUAAGCUUGGUCGAGAAGAGCCAGCCAUGUCCAUGGACUCUAAUGGAAAGAUUAUCUUUGCAAAGCACAGCGAGAUUCAACAAGCUAAUUUGAAAAAUUUAGUUGAUGACGAUAUCAAGGAUGGAGAAAGACUGACUCUUUCUAUCAAAGACAUGGGUUCAUGUGAAAUCUUCCCUCAAACCUUAUCCCACAACCCUAACGGUAGAUUUGUGGUAGUGUGUGGCGAUGGCGAGUACAUUAUAUAUACUGCAAUGGCACUUAGAAACAAAAGCUUUGGCUCAGCUCAGGAGUUUGUUUGGGCCUCCGAUUCCUCUGAAUAUGGUAUCAGAGAUGGAAACAAAAUCAAGAUAUUUAAAAACUUCAAAGAAAAAAAAUCAUUCAAACCAGAAUAUGGUGCUGAAGUUAUGCUGCAUAAGCACAGACGAUUCUUUCUUUAUUCUGAAAUACAAUGCUGACAAUGUCGCUAGAGCUCUUGAAAACCGUGAUGAGAUAACAGAAGAUGGUAUAGAGGAUGCGUUUGAUGUUCAGGGGGAGAUUGAGGAGGUUGUUAAGACUGGUAUAUGGGUCGGCGACUGCUUCAUAUACACAAACUCAGUUAACAGGCUGAACUACUAUGUUGGAGGUGAGAUUGUCACCAUCGCUCAUCUGGACAGGCCCAUGUAUUUGCUGGGGUACAUCCCUAAGGACAGCCGUCUGUACUUGGCAGACAAGGACAUGAAUGUUGUCAGUUAUUCACUGCUACUGUCUGUCCUGGAAUACCAGACAGCCGUCAUGAGACGGGACUUUGAGACCGCAAAACAGGUUUUACCCACMAUUCCAAGGGAUCAGCGAAAUCGUGUCGCGCAUUUCCUGGAAAAACAAGGCUUCAAACAGCAAGCCUUGGCKGUGUCAUGUGACCCUGAACACAGAUUUGAAUUAGCAAUUAAUCUUGGCGAGAUGAAGAUUGCGUAUGAGAUUGCUGUGGAAGCAGAGAGUGAGUCCAAGUGGAAACAGCUAGCAGAGUUAGCGAUCUCAAAAUGUCAAAUCCAACUUGCACAAGAAUGCCUACAYCACGCUCAAGAUUUUGGUGGUCUGUUGCUAUUAGCAACGUCAUCCGGRGAUGCUGACAUGAUUGCACGGCUUGCUGUCACUGCAGCGAAAAAAGGAAAAAACAACGUUGCRUUUUUGGCUUAUUUUGUACUGGGGAGAGUUGAGGAGUGUCUUGACCUCUUGUGUAACACUGAUCGCUUCCCAGAGGCUGCUUUCAUGGCGAGGACAUAUGCCCCUAGUCACGUAUCAAGAAUUGUAAAACUAUGGAAAGAGGACUUGGAAAAAGUGAACAAAAAAGCGGCCGAUUCUCUGGCUGACCCUUCGGAAUACGAAAACCUUUUCCCAGAGUUCCAAGAGGCAGUGAUGGCCGAACAGUUCUUAAAACACGACCGGUUGAAUUUGAAGCCCGCUGSACAGUACAAGAAUGUUCAGAAAAAUACCGAUCGUGAUAUCUUUGAAGAAAUGAAAACGGCCAAGGAAGAGGGACGACUCGACUCGAUAAUUUCUGCUGCAGAGAACCUCACUAUUUCCGACUUGAACGAUUCUUUCAACGAAAUAGACACGCAACCGCCAAUGUUCAGUGCAUCYGCYCCUGCACCACUAGAGCCUAGACCCUCUCAAUURGCAGAGGCCGCGCCGCCACCAAAGCCUGCGCYCGAGCCCYCACCKCCACCGGAAAGUGCUCAAAAACCWGACACCUCGAGUUUAACKGAUGAUAAGGAUGACGAUGACGAUCUCGACUUCGAGGACGCUCCAGCGGACGAUAAACUUGAUGACGACGACGAUGAUUUUAACUUCGAUGAUGACGAUUUACUAGACGACGAUGACCUCCUCGACGACUAGCUAGAAAACUCUAUCAAUAUUAUCCGUUCCAAAKYCAAGCAAAAYAAUCAUUCUGCAGKUCUUGGCUAACAAGGUCCGAAUCUCCAGGGCGGGAACACGGACCAAUUUUCUCUCGUAUUUCCGUAGUUUUGAACAAAAAUAGUAGAAUCAAUUCAACAUUCAGACAAUAGUAAAUAUGGUAAACCUUCGCGGGGUUUCCAUAAUAUCCUAUGAUGAAGGUAGAUCUUGUUGAUAAAAAGCGCUAGAUGCAUUGAGAAUUAUAUUCCAAUAAAGGAAAAGUUUAYAUAAGA